CCACUGUAUCCACCCAUCAUCCACAGAUUCACAGGAAGCAGUCUUGCGCCGCACUUUUGUCCACGAGUCACCCAUGGCAAUGGCCAUAAGAUGAGCUGAGAGCCAAACUCCCAGCUCUCUCUCCAUCCCUUUCUCUUCCCGACAAGCACAGGGCUCGUCUUUCUCUUUCUCACUCCUCUUUUUUCCUCAAGCCAUUCUCUCUCCCCCGGCUUCUCUUGUCCUUGCGGUGAUGGACCAAGAAACCUCACGGGAACCCCAACCCUUGAGCCGUCCAGUGCCGCAUUAGUGGGUUCCAUCCCUCUUUGGAUCGCUUCUCGCGAUCGCAUUGCCUGCGUUUCUUUAUUUUGUCCGUGUUGAUUGGUUCUUGAUUCUUGGAGGAGGCGUGCGGCGGCAGCGUUUUUAUUGGUCGGAGUAGAUAUUUCAGUUUGAGGAGGAAUGGUGGGCGGCGGAGAGCAGUCGGCGAUCGACCCCGAGGCCGAGGACCUCGAGCGCGGCGAGCGGCGGCGCGAUGCGGGUGAGUUCGCGGAGGCCGGCGACGAGGAGGAGGACGAGGAAAGCAGCCAAUACUUCUCGGACGCGGAGGACCGGUCGUGGCCAUCGCACUCGCGCCACAACUCCGCCGCCUACGAGGACUACAUCUCACCGUGCGCGUCGGCCCGCGCGAGCUCCGUUGACGCCGACGCCGACGCCGACGGCGAGGCCGCCGGGGAGCACUGCAGGAAGUCGUCCUGCGUGUCGGAGUGCUCGCUGGACGACGUCGACCUGGAAGCCGGGCUGGCCGAGAUCAUAAAGGCCAGCCCCGAGAAGGCCGAGCAGAACUGCCGCAUUUGCCACCUCGGCCUCGAGAGCGCGGCGGCCGAGUCCGGCGUCGGCAUAACGCUCGGCUGCUCCUGCAAGGGCGACCUGUCCUACGCCCACAAGCAGUGCGCCGACACCUGGUUCAAGAUCAGGGGCAACAAAAUCUGUGAAAUAUGUAGCUCAACUGCAUGCAAUGUUUUUAGCGACCCGGAGUUCAGUGACCAGUGGAGUGAAACAAACAACAUAGCUGCUGUGCAAGCACCACCAGCUGAAACUCGGAGGUUUUGGCAAGGGCAUCGGUUCCUCAACUUCCUUCUUGCUUGCAUGUUGUUUGCCUUUGUCAUCUCUUGGCUCUUUCACUUCAACGUCCCGGGCUGAGUUUUGAGCGCACAUGGUCCUCAAUAAAAGCUCCAAAGUUGUUACUCCAAACAUGUGGGUAAGAUCUAGCAAAUCUGAAGAACAGACUGGUGAAGUAAAGUUGGAAAUGGUAUAAAAGAAGUACAUGGUGGUCGCAUGAUGAUCUUGCAUUUGUCUGUUGUGAAUGCUUUUCCUUUGGCAAAGAUUAAAGAUGAUGAUCCCGUAAGAAAGGAAACUCGAGGAGCAUUUUCUGCCUGCUCCGAAAAUUGAUUGAGGUGAAAGCAGAGAAUGGACGAUCUGUUCCUCGAAAGUUAAUGUUAUGAUGGCUUGAAGAUCAGGGUUGUUUUAGUCUAGUCGUUUUCUUGCUUUCCAACCAUUUACCAUUUUGCCUGCUGAUUUGGUGUGAUUGUGUGCAGGUUCCUUUAUGCGUAUCCUCUGUUCAAAUGAUUAUGAUCCUGUUAAGGGUCAGCGGAUUAUUGUCCUUAGUAAGAGAAAAUUUACUGUCAAGUGAUUGCUGAAGCAUGUUGCUGAAACGAAUAAAGAUAAUACUGCGAAAUGCUUGAGCUUUUGUGCACAUAGAA